GCCUGCAGCCCAUGUCAACAUGAGCAACCUGGCCUUGUACCGUGGCAUCUACACUGAGGAGCGCUUCCAGCAGCUUUAUGGGACGCCCCCAGAGCCAGAGGGCAGCCUGGCAGGGACGCUGAAGGGCAAGCUGGCCCAGGGGUGCCGCUGCUCCAGGGCUGCAGCCUUGCACUUGCUCCGAAGCAGGCUUCCCAUUGCAAGCUGGCUGCCCAAGUACCAGCCUCGGAAGUGGCUCCUGGGGGACGUGGUGGCAGGGCUGACCGUGGGCAUUGUGCACAUCCCACAAGGUGAGUUUGUGUGUGAGAGAGCGUGUGUAGGGAACGCUGCUGAACUGAACGUCAGUGGUGAUCCUGGAAGACAUAGCACAGCAGCCAGAGGCUGAAGUGAAGCCUCUUCCUUUUCUGCACAGAAGUUUGUUGCAGAACAUACGGCGGUGGUGGGCAUUCUUCCCUUCCAGAAGUAUCCAAGGAGAUGGGGCGGUGGUAGAGAUGAGUCGCUUUGGGAGGGGGCAAACCUGGGCACCAUCAUCCUUUCUCCUUUCUCUGUCAUCUCCCCUUCCCCAUGAAAGUCUCCAAGGAUUUCUGAUCUUUACUGGUGUGGAUCCUCCUCCUCCUCCUUCUCCUCUCAAGUCCUACCUAAUUUCUUCUCCUCACCUGCAAGAUCUUCAAAGAUCCUUCACCCUGUAGGUUCUGCUUGCUGACUUGAUGCCCCUGCUCUCUAUGCAACUGUUAAGCGUUUCUGUUUCCCAAGCUAUCCCUAAACCUUCCAGGGGAUUUACUCUCAGUGCCCCUUAUGCUUUACUCUCAGUCUCCCUUAUAUCUUUGUCUGCUCCCUUGCACACACACCAGAAGAGUACUGACCUCUUAUCCACUUCCUCAAGCCCUCUCCCCGGUUCACAUACUUUUAAAAAAAUCUGUGACCAGCUUUGCAUCUUCCUUGUUUGAACAACAAGUCUUUUGUUUUCUGGUUUUAGUCUGGGAUUUCUAAGGCUGCGCAGUCCUGUGCACACUUACCUGGGGAGUGAGCCCCAUCCCCUGGAGCUGGCUCUGAAGUAAACACGCAAGGGUGGGGGGCUGGCAGCCUGUCUUGCUUCAGGAGCUGUUUCUCACUAAUCUCUGAGGCUGUGGCUGUGUGGUGGAAUGGCAGGGGGGUGGGAGUCAACUCCUGGAUGUCUUUCCGCCCUGGAGGCCCCAGGUUGGACUCAUGCCCUGCCUGUCCUUGUUAAGGUGGCGCUUCCCUUUCCUCCAGCGGCAGCCCAGGCGUAAGCAGCUGGGGUUAAUGGAGCAUGCAUCAAGGGGUUUCUGGUCAGGGCUGUUCCUCCUCCAGAUUUUGACAGUGGAAAAGAAGGAAGGUACAAAGAGCAUUGGAGGGAAUGAUUUCAAAAAUGUACGUAGAUUUGUUUGACAGCCUAUUUUCUUGCUGAGAGGUGGAAUUUUCAAAAUUCUAUUCCUUCUAAAAAUUAAUUCUGGGGGUGGCUGUGUUUGUGUCAAGACCCUGACAACAAAGCAGUCACGUGACACCUCAAAGACUUGGCAGAUUUAUUGUACAGUAGUGCAAAGCUUUCGUGGAUUGGAGCCCAGCUCACCAGAGGGAUGACAUGCAGACAUGCUUGUCACUCAUGCUGCUGACUAGGAAAGUGAAUCCUAGUGCAUGAACCCUUCAGGACUGAGCACACGCUAUUGAGCAUUCAUCCCGAUUUGUUUGCAAGGGGGUCAGAUGAUGUUGUGCCAUAGCAAGGGUUAUCACACACUUUCCAGUUGUUCCUUAUUGCAAAAAGUCUGUUCCUUUGGGGGAGUGGGCUUGUUGCACAAAAUUUCCUAAUCAGCUGUAAUUGUGCAGCCUGAGUGGCAUUCCCCGAAGAAUUCCUAAUUUCAUAAAUGUGCUAGCGGCAGUGUGAGAUAUGGGAUUGUUUCUGGACUGGAUUUUCGGGUGGGAUACAAUCACAUGCUAGCAAAUUCGGGUUGCACAAGUAUAGUUGAUUGGUGAGAAAAUACACUGGAAACAAAUCAGAAUGGAUGCUGAUUGUCAUCUAAUCUCCUGCAGACAAAUCAGGAUAAAAGCUCAGUAAACAGACCACCUGAAAGCGUGCAUUCCCAUAUCCUUCCUGCAAAGUACUGACAGUCUGGAGGUGCUCUGAGAGGGAGGGUUGGGUUUACAUGUUAGUGAGGCAGACACGCAUCACAUGUGCUCAAAGAGAGUUGGACUCUGGGUUCCAACAAACCCUGAGAGGGCCCCUGACCCUUUCAAGGAUAAAGGUAAAGGUAAAGGGAACCCUGACCAUUAGGUCCAGUCGUGGCCGACUCUGGGGUUGCGGCGCUCAUCUCACUUUACUGGCCAAGGGAGCCGGCGUACAGCUUCCGGGUCAUGUGGCCAGCAUGACUAAGCCGCUUCUGGAGAACCAGAGCAGCGCACGGAAACUCCGUUUACCUUCCCGCCAGAGUGGUACCUAUUUAUCUACUUGCACUUUGACAUGCUUUCGAACUGCUAGGUUGGCAGGAGCAGGGACCAAGCAACAGGAGCUCACCCCGUCGCGGGGAUUCGAACCGCCGACCUUCUGAUCAGCAAGUCCUAGGCUCUGUGGUUUAACCCACAGUGCCACCCGCGUCCCCUUUCAAGGAUACCAUCCCACUAAUUCUGGGGUAGAUCCUACAUUACUUGAAUAGCAUCAUUACCACUUCCAUGUGGCUACUGAGCGGAGGAGCAGGAGCAUAUGGCACGAUCACUUCCCAUUGUCAGUUCUAGUGGUUCUUAGGCACCAGUGACAUUGUCAGUCCUUCAGCAGGAGAAGCGGGGCCUAUCAGUUACAGGCUGUGCUUCCGAAAGUUAGAACUCUUGUCCCAGCCGCUUGUUUACACUUGGGCUCCCAGCCGGUGGGGAUUUUGUAUAGCUCGUUCUGUUUGUUCUUCCUGCAGGAAUGGCCUUUGCUCUGCUCACCUCAGUAGCACCAGUCUAUGGGCUCUACACUUCAUUCUUCCCUGCCCUGCUGUACAUGCUGUUUGGUACGGGGCGCCAUGUGUCCACAGGUAAGUGUGCUGCGUGGCUGAGUCAGGAUGCAGUCGCCAUAGACGGGCACCUGGGGCACUGCUCUUGGGCUCCACGACUUAACGUCCUCCGGGCAGAUCUAUUAUUAUUAUUGUGAUUUAUUUAUAUAAUUUAUGAGCCCUGACCCUAUGAACUAUCUUGAAGUGAUUUCACAAUACAGUAAAUAUAUAUAUAUAUAUCCAUACAUUAAAAAGUUAAAGCAAUUGCAUAUAUAAAAACAAAUUGAAACCUAGUUCAGAUAAGAUUUGAGAUAAAGUUCAGAUAACAUUUGAGAUAAAGCCUUGUUGAAAGAGGAAAGGCAGACACAAAAAAGGCAACCAAGAUUGCAGUUAUAUCUGCACCAGUAUAAUACUACUGAUACUAAUACUAUAAAUAAUGGAUUAUAUACAAUGUUAGUCAUACUCAGAGUAGACUCAUUCAAAUUAAUGGACACAGUUAAAAUAGGCCCAUGCAUUCCAAUGGGUCUGCUCUGAGUAGAACUUUGCUGAAUACAAUUAAAUGUGCUUCAGAUUUAAAGAAGUGGCUAAGCCAAAUAAGGAGAGGAAGAAGGCUAAGGACAGGAUAACUUGAGGAAAUAAUUUCUGCCCUGUCUGAUUUCUCUCUGUGUGUAUGAAAAUGUGCAUGUGUGCACUAUAAUAUAUUACACACAUAACAAACCCAUACAUGCCGGUUUCCAAGAUCCUGUCACACAAUGCAGUGGUUGUGCAGAUGAAGAGAGGGCCAGCCCUGCUUCUUAACAACUGGGGCUGCCAGGGUGGCAUCCCUGAAGGCAACGUUUUACUGUCUCCGCUCCCGUAUAAGUGAAUGGUCACUAUUCAUUUUUGCAAAGGAAAAUAAUGUGCUGCCUUUGGAGAUCUUGUGGUAGUGAGGACAAAACUUCACCCUUGAUUCUUGGACCAGUCCUCUCUCACAUCAAUCCUGUAGAGUAGCUUUCAUCAACUUGCCCUCCAGAUAUACAAUUCCUUUUCAUCACACAUGCACACACUUCCAGGCCACCUGUUAUGACAGUGGCUGCAUUGCUUGUUCAUAAUAGUGGUAGUACAUUUAAAUUGGGCAAUUUAUAAAUAUGAAUUUAUAAAUAAUGAAUUUCAAAUGUUCCAGAUAUACACCCAUAUUUUUCCGUCUAUAAGACAUCCCUAUGUAUAAGAUGUGCCUUAUUUUUGGGGACUUGGAUUUAAGAAAAUGGGGGGGGGGAAUCUAUCUGUAUACAAGACGCCCCCCAAUUUUGGACACUGUUUUUUAGGAAAAAAACCUAGUCUUAUACAUGGGAAAAAAUGGUAUAUUCUGCAGCAUUUGAAAUGUAAGAAUGCCCCUCAAGCCGUGUUUGCUCUUAAAGCUCACAUACUGGUGCAUUGGACUGAAAAUUGAGUUUGACUCUACUAGCAUGCCACGUGGGCGGGGGGGGGGGGGGAGAUCCUUCCACUGCCAUAAAGCUUACUGUGUGGUCUUUGUCAUUGUUUGUCAACCUAUUCUGUUCCACCCAUCCAAGACCUGUAGGCUGCAAAUGGAGAUUUUUCAGCUUUCUGAAUGUAGAGAGAAAUCCAGUGUAUUGUUCAGGUUGAAAGUAGGAAUGGGUGGCACUGCUGCUGCCAGGAUCAUGAAUGAAUGCCACAAUGCCAUGUAACUGAGGUCGCUAUUUUUGGGUGGGAUUCAGUUACAUACUGGCAGUUAUAACUGAUUUGGAAGUAUUUGUGCAACAAACCUGCUUCCACAAAAGAGCAGGCGAUGGGAAAUGCACUGCGAUAACACUUGCUUUGAUGCAAUGGCAUCUAACUGCCCUGUGAACAAAUCAGAAUGAAUGCUCACUAAGUAGCCAAUGUUGUCCAGCCUCCCUGCAAACAAAUCAGAAUGAAUGCUGAAUAAACAGGACACCUGGAAGCACCCCCAGGUUACUGUUGAGGGGAAAAUAGGAAUGGGUGGUAAUGAGUGCCAUGGUGUCAUUCUCGCCCAGGAUGGGACAUGCAGAGAUUUCAUUCGUUCCUCUCUUCCUGCUCUCCAAAGGCACCUUUGCUGUGGUCAGUCUGAUGACGGGCUCCGUGGUGGAGCGUUUGGUUCCUGAGCCCCUGCAGUCCAAUGGCACCAUCCCUGCAGAAGCAGCUUUGCUGGAGGCGCAGCGCAUUGGUGUGGCGGCCGCUAUGGCCUUCCUUGUAGGGCUGCUCAUGGUGAGUCAAAGGGAGAUGCUGGGGCAAAAGGGCUCCUUUGGGAAGGCUGAGCACAUCACAAAGGGGCCAGAGCCUUGGAACAGUGCUAUGGCUGUCGUCCUGGGAGGAUUCUUGGGCUGCCCAUGGCUAAUAAGAAGGGCUGAUAAACUAGGGUUUUAUGAACAUGGAGGCUUCAGUCUUAGCUAUAGAAUCAUAGAAUUGUAGAGGUGGAAGCGACCUCGAGGGUCAUCCAGUCCAAACCUCUUCAAUACAGGAACCCUUUGCCCAAUGUGGGGCUCAAACCCACGAUCCUGAGAUUAAGAGUCUCAUGCUCUCCUGACUGAGCUAUCCCAGCUCUCUUGGCUAACAGCUCUUCUUAUAUCUCUCCUCCAGCAAGCUCACUUGAUCCCCGCCCCACUGAAACCCUUUAAAAUCCUUUUUAAAAAUCCAGUAUUUGUCUAAUCCCUUUGAAGAGCCAUCUGUUCUAAAGUCCAUCACCACCUCUUGUGGCAAUGAAUUCCCUGCUAAUUGUUUAUUGUGCUGAGAACAAUUUUCUUUUGUCUGUGUUGUGCUCCUGAUGGCACCGUGUUAUAUGGCCUCUGGAAAGCUUACUUGGCAGCUCCUCUGGCUUUUGAGAUUUUGGUAGGCCUAGCCCACACAUUUUCUGGCAUACUUCCACAAUGAUAAGGACUAGAAACUUGCUUUCUUAAAAGAAUGAAAGCUGAGGGCGCUCGCUUUUGCACCCAGCACCACAAUCUGUGUUUUUUCUGCCUGUCUCAGCAGACACACAAUUCACGCAGCUACUGCUGCCACCUUCCCCUCUUCCCCAGACAGGGAUGUUUACGCUUCACCUGGGCUUCCUUUCCACCUACCUCUCGGAGCCUGUCGUCAAGGCCUUUACCUGUGGUGCUGCUUUGCACGUGGUCGUGUCUCAGCUCCAGAGCCUCCUAGGCUUGCCAUUACCACGUCCCGCUGGCUGCUUCGCCAUCUUCAAGGUAUGUGGAUCCACAUUCAGGGGGUGGGGGGGUGGGGGUGCAGACAUCUCUGCUUAUGAAGCCACCAGAAAUGUAAAUGCAGGAAUUCUCAUUCCUAGACACCUGCUCCUGGAUGCAAUCCAUAAGAUAUUUUGUUCCCCUGAGCUAAUAUGAGUGUCCUUGUUUUCUUCACUCUCUCUCACUCCAUGGUGCUUUCAGCAGUUUGAGUGGGGCAAAGGGGGCGCUGCCUCACCAACCUCAGCCUGGCUUCAGCCAGCCCCUCACUUACCUGCCUUCCUGCAACCAUUCUAGAGUGUGUCACUGGCUGCCAGUUUAGUUCCAGUGCUGCCCUUGCAGAGGGAGGAGAAGACUGGGGACAAAGCUAGAAUUAGUUGACUUAUGGUUGGCCACUGUGAGGACAGAAUGCUGGACUAGAGGGACAAUUGGUCUCAUGAGGCAAGGUGAGGUGACCAGGCAGCAGAAUCCACGGGGCUAGCAGAUCCCAAGAUAGAUCUUUAUUCCCCCCUUUUUCUGAUGUAGAUCUUCCCUCACCUCUUCUUCCCUGGUGGGGAGACAGGCAUUGUUUUGUGGUUCACCUCAGGGGCCAAAAUACCUUGGGCCAGCCCUGAUUUUGACCUACAUUCUUGUGGCUUUGUCACUGUCUCUGGCUCCACCUGCUGUUUUCCUGCCACUGGCCCUGCCAAUUCCACCAGUGGUUUGCUGAAACAGGCUGCCGAUGAGUUUUGAAAGCUGCUAGAAGGUUCCAAUAAGCCUAGCUGCUUCCUCCUCCCAGGCUGCUAAAAGCAUUCCAGUCCACCCCUCGGACGGAAGACCUGGCUGCCCUUUGUGAAUGCCACACCAGAUGUCCGUGUUUCUGCAUUUCCCCCUAGACACUGGCAUCUGUUGCGGAAGCCUUGCCCUUAAGCAACACAGCGGAACUGCUCAUCUCAGGCUUCUGCUUGGCUGUGUUGGUGCCCAUCAAAGAGAUCAACAACCGCUACAGGAGUCGGCUGUGGGUCCCCAUCCCGGGAGAGAUCAUCAUGGUACGUCAAGGCUGUCUUCUGUCCUACAGACAGCUGGUGACUCCCUGCAAAGGAAAGUCGCAUUUUAACACUUACAAAGAAUGUAAAUCCAGCUAAUUUGCUCAUACUUCCUUUGUGUAUUUCUUCUUCCAAGUCUGAGGUCAUCAAAAGAUUUGGAUGGGUGGGUAGAGCAGGGAUUGAAGAGUGGUGAAGAAUAAAGUGUCGGCAAGGAAAGGCAUGGAUGCUGGAGAUAGGGGGGGGGGAGAUAUAAUUGGGGGGGGCAGGAGCUGAGCAGGGCACUGUGGAUGAAGGAGUAAAUUAGAUCUGUCAUUAAAUGCAUAUUUUAAUUCAACAUGCACAUUUUUUAAAAGAAAAUACAAAUAGUAGUCAAUGGAAGAGGUGACCGAUAAUUAUUCAGAUUGUAGCCAGCGAGUUCAAAUCUUUCAUUCUAUUCUGUGGUGCUGAAGAAAAUACUUCUUCAUAGUGAUUACAGUGGUGCCUCGCAAGACGAAAUUAAUCCGUUCCGCGAGAGUCUUCGUCUAGCGGUUUUUUCGUCUUGCGAAGCAACCCUAUUAGCGGCUUAACGGAUUAGCGCUAUUAGCGGUUUAGCGGCUAUUAAAGGCUUAAAGGCUUAGCGGAUUAGCUGCUAAAGGCUAUUAAAGGCUAUUAAAGGCUUAGCAGAUUAGAUAAAGGGGGGGGAAGCGAAAAAAACUCUCUAGACUCAUAAGACAUUUUCGUCUUGCGAGGCAAGCCCAUAGGGAAAUUCGUCCUGCGAAGCAACUCAAAAACGGAAAACCCUUUCGUCUAGCGGGUUUUCCGUCUUGCGAGGCAUUCGUCUUGCGGGGCACCACUGUAUAUGCUUUGGGAGAAAAUUUCCAUCAGGACCACAGCAGAAGAGGAUAGGCUUAAACAGGCCUUCCCCACCUGCUGCAAUCCAUGGUAAUUAUCCCCACCCCAGCUGUAGAUAUUUGAAUUUAAGCAAACAAAACAAAAUAUGUAGGAAGAUGCUCUUUAGCAUCCUGUUUAGUUUUGCCCUAGUUCUGUGGCCCUUUGAAUGACUGUUCAGAAUCAUUUUUAUACUUUUGGUGGUCAUUGCCAGUGUAUUCAAAAGCUUUUUUUCACAGCCAUGAGGGCUAAAAACUUGGUUUUUAAUUGACAGAGGAGGUUUUCACAAUGCAUCAUUCUGUCAGACAGUAGUUGUCUUGCAAUAAAUAAGGAACCACACAGAGUCAAAAUGCAGAGUCAAAGAUUCACAGUAAAGGCAGAAAAACUUUACUGAGGCAAACAAACAAACUUUAUUAAAGCACUGUGCAAGCGAAAGUGAGCAAAGUAAGUCAAAGUUACAUAGUCAAAACAAUAUUUGCAUAAGAAGUGAACCUGCUAGAAUUUUCCAGCACUUUCCUGCUUCUGCUCUCAAAGACCUUAGUCACUAUGACACAUUCUGAUAUUAAAUACGGUACCAUGUUACUUGCUUGUGCAACACAUUGAGUUACAAAAUAUGCAAAACCUGGGCCAAUGUAGUUCAGUCAGAUAGCUAAAAAGGGAUUUCAGCAUACAUGUUCCAAACUGGCCUGACCUUCUGUUUUCUUACCUGUACCAGGAUAAUAAUCCCAUGACUAGUCCUAACCCCGCUUGGUAUAGAAAAUCCCCCCUUGCUAAUUCACUCAGACCUUAAUUCUUGCAAUAUUUGGAGACUUUUGACAAACGCGAGAUGUCCCUUCACAGUGAAGUAUAUCUGAAAUACAUGAGGAUACACUUUGUGGGGAUUUAAUAUUUGGAGCACCUAGCGGGACAGCGGCUAUAGCAGAAGUUCUUAAAGGCAAAUGAGGAGGUUGUUUUUAAAAGCCACACAGCUUACAGGCCUUUGGACUGACGCUGGGUCUGUCUGUCAUUUUUUGGCAGGUACUGCUGGCUACUGGGAUCUGUUUUGCUUCCUCCCUAAACACUCACUAUAAGGUGCAAGUUGUUGGACACCUCCCAGCAGGGUAAGACCCCCUUUCUCUCUCUCUCUCUGUCCUCCCCAUUCUCUAUGCCGGCUGAGGGUCAAGUCACCGCUGCCCUGUUGGCAUGGCAGCAGAAGUGCGGCUUCCAAACUCGGCCUGACCCUGGUUGUUGGGGAAGGGCAGGGCAUGGUCUCUGUCCCCGGGGCACACGGUGACUCCCAUUCCCCCAUUCUUUCAUGCAGGUUCCCACAGCCCCAGCUCCCAGCCCUGCAUCUGCUGCCCCAACUGCUGGGUGACACGGUGGCCCUCACUUUUGUGGCCUACGCCAUCUCGGUGUCAUUGGCCAUGAUCUACGCUGAGAAGCACCACUAUGCCAUUGACCCCAACCAGGUGUGUGUCCAGCCUGGAGAGCUCAGGGUCCCCUCAGGGUGGGGAGGCAGAACCUGGACACCUUCAGUCAUGGAUACUGUUCCCUUUGCUUGCCAAGCCGCCAGACUCCCUAGCGCCUCCUGUUGCGUAGAAACAGAGUGCUGGGUUAGAUGGGCCUUUGGGUCUGAUCCGGAAGGGCCUUCUUAUGUUCCUGUGACCCUCCAGCUUAAAAAUUUUCUUUGUUUGUAGUGGAGACUCAGCUUGAGAGUUCUUCAUUUCUUGCUGGAGGCCGGGGAUAAUGAACCCCUGGUCUUCCAGAUGAACUACAGCACCUAUCAUCCCUGACCAUUGACUGUGCUGAUAGGAGUAGGAGUCCCAACAACAUUUGGGGAGCCACUGGUUCCCCAUCCCUGCUCUGGAUACACCCGCCCACCGCUUGCUUCAAGUUCAGCCGGCUAAGACCCUGCUCUCACUUUGCCUUCCUCUGCCCCCCUACAGGAACUGCUGGCUCAUGGCCUCUCAAACCUGGUCUCCUCCCUGUUCACCUGUUUCCCCAGUUCAGCCACGCUGGCUACAACCAACAUCUUGGAAAGUGCUGGUGGACGCACACAGGUAUAAGGCUGAUGUUUUGGGAGCGCUUUGGAGAGAGGUGGAGAACCUACGCUCCUCUGGAUGGACUCCAGCUCCCAUCAUCUCUGACCAUUGGCCAUGCUGGUUAGGGCAGAUGGAAGUUCACCAGCAUCUAGAGAGUCACAGGAUCCCCAUCCUUGGGCUACAAACGGACUUUCUUACCACCAUCCCACUACAUUUACAUUUGUUGCUUGGAAAUGGCAGGGGGCAAAGGGCUGGCUUCUCUGGAAAGAAAAGUGGAAGGCAAGACUGUUUCCAGCAACAGUGGGAAGGAGAGGAUUAGCCCAGUUGCUGGUUCCAAAGCAUUGUCAGCCACAGUGGUCCAUUGGGAUGAAAGCACCCUUUUUCCCUGAUAGGGCUCCUUUGCCUUUUUUAACUACACAGCAAGCAGAUAUGGAUUUGCCUGCUGCUAAAUGAGACUUUUCCAGACUAAAUAAUAGUAACAUAUGCUCCAACAUUUCUCCGAUGAAAAUAGGGGCGUCCUAUUCAAUGAGGAGGAGGAGGAAGAUAACUAUUAUUUAUACCCCACCAAUCUGACUGGGCAACUUCCAACAUAUAUAAAAACAUAAUAAAAUAUUAAACAUUUUUUUUAAAAAAAACUUCCUUAUAUAGAGCUACCUUCAGAUGUCUACUAAAAGUUUUAUAGUUUCUUAUCUCCUGGGCUUGGGGAUUGCAUAACUCCAUACCCUCCAACAUUUCUCCGAUGAAAACAGGGACAUCCUAAGGAAAAGCAGAACAUUCUGGGAUCAAAUCAGAAACCAGGACGACUUCUGCAAAUCCAGGACUGUCCCUGGAAAAUGGGGACACUUGGAGGGUCUGUAAUCAUUAACAAAUGUAUUUUGUGAGCUGGAGAUUUAAACUAGGAUAAAGUGUGCAUAAAAAUGCACACAUUAGUGAAAAUGGUGUAUGAAAUGCAAUAUAUAAGGGGAAAUUGUGUUGCAAAAUUGUGUGUAUUAGGCAAAAUUGCAUACAAAAUCAUGUAUAUCAGAAGAAAUCGCAUGAAAAUUUUGGUGAAUUUUCAUGAAGACUUUUUUUUUUAAUUGCAAACAGAUGUGGAAAUGUAGAGAACUGAACUUAAAUGGGGAAUUCCUAUUCAUUAUGCUCAUGUAUCCAAGGCUCACCUGGGUAGCUGGAGGUCCACUCUUUAGAGUGCUCAUCAUUAUGGGGAAUACAGGUGUUUAUUUGGUACCACUGGUGUUUUCUACUUUACUGGCGUUGUGCUAUACUAAGGCAGAACAAUGUCCCUUGGUUGCCAGGGGACUUUAAUGUCCCUUCCGUUAUCUUGGCUGCAACUAACCAGCCUUCCUUGCCCACAGCUCUCUGGCCUCUUCACCAGUGCUGUUGUCCUGGUGGUCUUGCUAUGGAUUGGACCUCUCUUCUACUACUUACCCAAGGUGAGCUAGUUGAUACUACCGUAUUUUUCGCACCAUAGGGCGCACCGGACCAUAGGGCGCACCCAGUUUUUAGGGGGGAAAUCAAGGAAAAAAAUAUUUCCCCCCCCCCAGCCCCAAAGAGCAGCGUACAGGCUGCAUACAACCUCUCCCUGCCAGAGGGGUUGCGCGCAGUUAUGGAACAAGCCAAGGCAGCGAGCGGGAUGGAUCUCGCUUGCUGCUUUGGCUUCCCCUUUAGCCCCGUGCAGCCUCUACCUCCUGGGAGAGGCUGCGUGGGGCUAAAGAAUCCAUAGCCCCGUGCAGCCUCUCCUUGCCGAAGGGGUUGCGCGCAGCUAUGGAAGAAGGCAAGGCAGCGAGCGGGAUGGAUCCCGCUCGCUGUUUUGGCUUCCCCUUUAGCCUCGUGCAGCCUCUCCUUGCCGGGAGACGCUGCGCAGGGCUAAAGAAGCCAUAGCCCCGUGCAGCCUCUCCCUGCCCUGCUAUGGCACAAGCCUGCAUUCGCUCCAUAGGACGCACACACAUUUCCCUUCAAUUUUUUGAGGGGAAAAACUGCGUCCAAUAGAGCGAAAAAUACGGUAUGUGUUGGGGGAAGGAUAGGGGUUUAUUCAAAGGGUAGCUCGUUAUGCUCAGCCAACCCUGAUACAAAAUUAAGUCAUGUGCUCUAGGCAUCAUUGAUAUAUCUUGGUACCAUAUUUUACACAAAUUCUGGGUCCCCUGGGCAUCUUCAUUUACUUGCUGUUAGCACAAAGGCUUGACUCACAUGCCAUAUAUUAUAAGCACAUCUCCCGUCAAAGAAUCCGGGGAACUGUAUUUAAAGGGUGCUGGGAAUUGUAGUUCUGUGAGAGGUAAAUUACAUUUCCCAGCUGUUUGGCGUUCAGAGGAGACAUGCUUUAAACGUACGGUGUGUGCAGUCAUACACUCUUGCUACACAUUUUGUUUCCAUGCCAGCUGUUCAGCCUGGAAUUUACCUCCUUAGUUUUUAUAGAGAAUCUGGUGGCUAUAAGUCCUUGUUGCCAACCCAUUUCUUCCCACUGAUCUCUGCAAAAUGGUAAUGUACACUUGCAGCACCAGCCUGCCCAAUGUGGACUAAGAGCAUGCUAUGGAAGCUGUUCAACGCUAUUUGGCCUGUACAGUGGACAUUUGGCUUGCAAACGUGAUCUGUGCAGGAUGUACGUUUGAAAUCUGCAGCAUUUGCAACCCGCAGCGGCACGUCUGCACACGCGGGGGUUGCGAUUCAGCGCUUCUGCGCAUGUGCAAAGCAUGAUUUAGCGCUUCUGUGCAUGCACGACUGCUGAAACCCGGAAGUAACCCGUUCUGGUACUUCCGGGUUUCAGUGUCUCUGUAACCUGAAAAAAUGCAACCUGAAGCGUCUGAAACCCGAGGUAUGACUGUAAUGAGAAACUUCUUCCCUGCAGCUUCUGCCUCCUGUUCAGUGUGACUGCUCCUUAAUUGUUUUAUCAGUUCUUGUUGAGCUAAAACUAUUUCACAAUAAAAACAUAAGAAAGGAAACAUAAGAUAGGAAACUGGUAAUUAAAGCUCUCCCCCCCCCCCAGCAAAGGGAACAGGAAUUAGGACUUUAUUUUUUAAACAGUCAAAUGUUAUGUAAAUGUCAUUAAUUAAAUUAUUAUAUAAACCGUAUUUUUUGCCCCAAAUGGCACACCGGCCCAUAGGGCGCACCUAGUUUAUUUGGGGGGGAAAUAAAUAAAAAAAAAUUAUUUCCCCCCCAGGCGUGGGGCUGGGGCAGGGGAAGCCCGAGCUUCCCCCGACCCCACCCCCCACAACAGGCUGCUAUCCGCAAGCCGUGGGAAGCCCGAAGCCUGGGGAGCGCUGAGCUCAGCGCCCCCCAGGCUUCUGGGUGCAGGCAGCUGUCCGCAAGAGGUGGGAGAGCUGCGCGACUUUGCGCAGCUCUCCCACGGCUUGCGGAUAGCUUCCUGAAGCCUGCAUUCGCCCCAUAGGAUGCACACACAUUUCCCCUUCAUUUUUGGAGGGGGAAAAGUGCGUCCUAUAGGGCGAAAAAUACGGUACUGAAGGACCAGUUAAGGAGGUCAGCAGUGCUGCAUCCCUGCUGAACAGCAAGCAGGCCCAGGGUAGGAGGAGAAAGCUUCUAAUGAAAGUUGUAACGGGGCUUUACUGAACUGAAUUUUAAUUCUGUUUUGAACUGAUCACAGAAAAACAGUGCCUCAGUGGUGUUCAAGAGCCGUGGUAUGGAAGUGGGACAGUGUGUUAAAGAGGCCCCUCAUUUCACACUUCUUUUCUCUCUCAUGUCUAGGCUGUCCUGGCCUGCAUCAAUGUCACCAGCCUUCGGCAGAUGUUUCUGCAGUUCCAGGACCUGCCCGAGCUGUGGAGGAUCAGCCCCAUUGACUUCGUAAGCCAUGACAGCAUCUGAGAAUGGACCAGUUUCUAAUCUAGCAGUUGGAAAUUAAGAACUGAAUAUGUUCCUCCCCUAUCAAAAAUGUUUACAUUGCUACCAGGCUUUUGCAAUUGGAGUGGCUAGGUCCACAGUUGUCAGUAAUGGCCUAUAGUAGGGAUGAAGAAUCUUUCUUUCUCCUCCACCCAUAUUUUGUUGAACUACAACUCCCAUCAUCCCUGACCAUUGGUCAUACAGACUGGGGCUGAUGGGAGUUGAAGUCCAGCAACAUCUGGAGGGCCACAGGUUAGUCACCCCUGUCAUAUUGGCAGAGCCUGUGGCCCCCAUCAUGCCAAACAGCCAUGGCACUUGGGAGCAUAAUCUGAAGGCCAUACGAGCCUGUCUGUUACCUCUCACAGUGAACUGGUGUGAAACUGCCUUGUGAAAGGGUCCAGUCCUUAGCCAUUGUAGCUCCAGUUUUCUGAGAGGUCCUCCUGGCCUACUGUAAUAGUUCCUUGCAUUAGGCCAGUUUCCACCCAGACUUCACCAAGCCUGCCAGAAGAGUGUGCUUAUGUGAAUCAGACCUGAGUCAGCAGAGGGCAAGAGGGGAGGCUGAGCCAGUGAAGGACUGAACAGCAGGAGUUCCACGCUAAGUGACAAAGCUGGUAGUCAAAGCUGAGCAGUGCUGGUUGCGCCUCAGAUCUGUAACCUCAGGUGCUCAGCUGCUCUCCUCUCAGGAUUCCUUGUGAUUCUAUCCCACCCUUUCUCAUCCAUUGCAGACGUUGUGGGUGGUCACGUGGCUUUCUGUGGUUGUGCUCAACGUGGACCUUGGCUUGGCGGUGGGAGUUGUAUUCUCCAUGAUGACUGUUGUUUGCCGCACACAGAGGUAUUUGCUUGCCUGUCCUCUUCCUCUACUUUCUCCUCUUGUCGACUGUUAGAUCACGCCCAGCUGCUAGGAUUAGGUACCCCUAGUUGGGAUUGUGGGGGGAGCCUGCAAGGCUAUAAGAUUAGGGGGAGGAGCUUCUUUCUGUUGAGGGCUGCAUUGCUAGUGGUGGGCAGAUUUCAUACCAUUCCUGCCCCCUCACUUGCUACCCCAUCUCUCCCUCUCCACAUCUCUCUGCUGGGGGCCACAUGGGGAAGGGCUAUGGCUCAGUGAUAGGGCAUCUUCUUUGCAUGCAAAAGGUCCCAGAUCCAGUCCUCAGCAUCUUCAGGUAGGACAGGGAAAUACUUCCUAUCUGACACCCUGGAGAGCUUCUGCAAGCCAUUGUAGGCCAGGAUGAGGAGCCUUCGAUCCGCCAGAUGUUGCUGAACUACAACUCCCAUCAUCCCUUGCCAUCUGCAGCUGAUAGGAACUGCAGUUCGUCCACAUCUGAAGUGCCUGAGAUUCCUCGCCCAUAGUGUAGACCCUUCUGAGCUAGUGUUGUCCCUCCCAGAAACUGGAGCAGUACUAGCGCGGAGGGGGAACUGCAAUGUGGGCUUCUGCCACGUGGCCUGAGGCUCCUCACAUUAUCCUGGUGGUGCACGACUGAGCCGUGUCACAGCAGCUCCCAUGCAGCAAAGGUCCCACGAGAAGGAGCCUGCGCUGGGGGCUGAGAGGGAGCCUAUGGUUCCCUACAACCUUCCGCCUCCAACCAUGUUUGCUGUAUGUUGGGGGAGCUGUGUCCAGAUAAUUGCCCAUUUGCCCUUCAUGUCGCUUUGUCAUUCUUACAGGGCUGAGUGCUCAGUUCUGGGCAGGGCAGGGGACACAGAGAUCUACAAGCCUGUCAAGUACAACAGCAAGGUAAGAGUCGUGAGGAUCAAGAGGGAGCAAACAAACAUAGGAACACACGCCACGUGCAUGUCUGAAGCUGCAGCCCCAAAGCACCCACUGCAGGGAGCAUGAAUCUCAGGGUUGAGAUUGGUGGGGCGACUCCAGUGCCCAAGGGGGCCCAGUCCACACUAGUUGAACACACACAUGCUAAUCUCUUGAUAGGCUAUUUAUAGCGCAGGUGGGGCACCUGUGUCUCUCCAGAGGCAGCAGAACUACAACUCCUCUCAACCCUGAGCAUAGGCCAUGCUGGCUUGGGGUGAAGGGAGCUGAAGUCCAGCAAUAUCAGAAGGCUUCCCACCCAGGCUUUUGAAGGAUCAGAACCUGCAGGUGGGUGUGAGGUGAGGACUCAUCCCACUGCUUCCCCCCUGGAAAACCCGAUUACUGUUAAAUCAAAACAAACGUCACUCAUUUAUUCCGCGGACUGAAUUCAGCAGUAAACAGCAGAUUUUCCCGGGGAAAGUGAUGGGACAAAUGAAAGCUCCGGACAAGAGGGAAACCUCUUGGACCCAUGGUUUCUAGGCACAGGACAAGCAGAAGUGCGUGCGAGUUCUGAGUUUUCAGUGUUGUAGAAUGGAAAUUAGCCACACUGCAGAAGAUGGCAAUUAUCCCAGGAGGAUGCGGAAGGUAGCAAAUGUAGCAGAUGUUCCUAGGAGAGGGAGCAAGCCUCACUGUACUCAAGGGGGCCUGCCUUUGAGGUGAGAUGUGUAGGAAUGUGGUGGCAACUUAGGCUGUCAUUCAAACCCCACUACCUGUGCAUAAGCCCCAUUGAAUUCAGUAUUUUUUGCACCAUAACACUCACUUUUUUCCUCCUAAAAAGUAAGGGGAAAUGUCUGUGCGUGUUAUGGAGGGAAUGCCUAUGGGUGGCAUGCCUACGGAUUUUCCUCCUCUAAAAACUACGUGCGUGUUAUGGUCGGGUGCGUGUUAUAGAGCGAAAAAUACGGUACUUCUAAGUAGGCGGGGUUAGGUCUGCGGUUUAAUAAGGAUCAGAAAUAUUUAUUACAACCAUUUGUGCCCCACUUUUCACCCUUUUCAGGGAACAAAUCCUUCCUAGGAUUAAACAAUAUUAAAAUGCAUGUUUAAAACACACUAUGAACAUUAUCAACAUAUAAAAAGCCACCAGGAUCCUUCCCACAACUAGUCUCCAAAUGAAUGGCCCUGUGGCAAGGUAGUCCUGCAGUAGCAGCCCCUGGUGUCUUCUUUGCCAGGUUCCCUCUUUCUACUGGGAUCCUUCCCAGAGUUUGUGGUUGAUCACUCUGGUAGGGGGUGGGGGUCACUGGAGCAGGCAAAGAGACACCAAAAUUCAGCGCACACACACCCCUGCCUCUUGCCUUCCAUUCUACAUCAUUCCUAGUGAGAGGGACAUGGCUUGGGCAGAGACCAUGGAGGCUCCAUGCCCUAAUUUCACCUCUGCUGUUGCUUGUCUGAAUGGAGGUGUGCCUAUCCAUGUGGGUGUAUAAAUCUCUGUUUGCCUUACAUUGCCUUUGUCCACAAAGGAAGGCAGCCCUUGGGCUGAAAGAGGUUCAUCACCUCUGCUUCAGCCAAAAAUUUGAAAGAUGAUGGGGUUCGUAUAUUCAUUUUAGGAUGGGGUUAAUUUUAUUAACUUGGCCACCCUAGCCAGGCACAAUGAUGCAUCUGUACCCCAUUUAUCCACCCAUCCCUGCUUCUUAGUGCUUUGAGAUCCCAGGUGUGAAGAUUAUAAGCUACCAGGCUCCCAUCUACUAUGGGAACCGCAGCUUCUUCCGCGACACUCUGAGCCAACUUGUGGGACUAAACCAAGAAGGGGAGAAGCACGAGGACCAAGCUCCAGGCAUCGAGCUCAAGAUGGACAUCAGCACUGUGGUAAUGUGGCAACCCAGGGUGGGAGGGGGGCAGAAAAGAUGGAGGGAAGUAGAGUGGAAAAUUGGGAGUGGAAUUCAGAAUUAGCCAAGAAUUAGUGCCUAAGCUUGCUUGCAUUUUUCCUCUUCCUUUUGUGUGGAGACUGGUCAACUGUGAGCCUGAAGGCAGGGACAUCUUCUCACUGAUAUUCAUAAGCCACUCUGGGAACGCUUUCUCAGCUGAAGAGCAGGAUAAAAAUAUUAGUCAUAAAUAACAGAAUCAAGUUAACACAAUUCUUGCUAGUCAGAGUGGGAGCCAAUGGAGUUGGCCUCCAUCCGUCUUGGGAGAUAAUGGAGGAGUGUGCCUUUGGGGGAGAACUCAGACUGCUGUAAGGCUGAAGCACCUGCUGUGGCUGUAGAGACUGAUACAGGAUAAACAUGUUUUGUUGCAGCUGGGGCAGAUGAAGGCGUCCAUUGAUGCACCAUGGUGUUUCUUCUCUCUGCGCUUCUCUCAGCGGUCAUUCCUCCCCUGGCCACUGCUAUAUCUCCAUGACCUGUCUCCAGGCACUGUGGUCAUCUGCAAGGGACUCCCACAGGAUGGGGCUGAUGUUACCAGCCUUCAUGCCACGUUUGCAGACAUCUUUGUAACCCAGAGUUGGCCGCCAACAGGCCUAGUGCCUGAAGCCAGCUCCCUGUAGAGCACAUCCUUGGAAGAUAAUUCUGUACUAGAUACAGACCAUUUGAUUCAGUAGAAGCAAAGAACUAAGCAAGUCCUAUUGAGCCACGGACCAAACUAGGUUUUGCUCUAAAGCAGAGGUUUUAAAAUAAAUAUAAAUUAAAUGAACAAACCCAAGGCUGGAGAUGUUUUCACUUUGUCUGGAGUUUAAAUUCUUCUCACCUAAGUGGAGAUUAACUGUUGUUUUUCUUCCUAGGAGAGCAAUGUCUCUGUCCUGGACAAAAAGCCUGGCUCAGGUAAGCAAAGGGCAAUUGCCUUCCAGUUCCUGGUAAAUCUUGCUUAGUCAACAUGCAUUUUGAACUCUGCAAAGUGGAAAGCUGCUUAACUGCCCCUUUCCUGUAUUCUGCUGAGGAUACUGAAUGAGUGUGUGUGUGUAAGGGACUUGCCAGGAGUGUUUUUUCCUAUGGAAGGACAAGAGUUCUAUUCACUUCUGGUACUCAGAAUAAGUUCCUGGGUUCAGAAUUCAUUAGUGCUCUCUCUCUGUGUGUCUUGCACCUGGCUCUGGAUAGUGGAUCUUGGCAUUCUUGUAAAAAUCAAAUUACUUCUUGUAAGCCUUCAAUCUUCCCACCUUUGAGCAAAAUGCUGGGUGUUGUGUUUAGCUACACUAGACUGGUGUGACAGGAGUUGAUAGGCAGGUUCUCUUCUGUGAACAUAGAAAGAUGCUUUACACUGAGUAAAGCAUCAUACUGGCCCAUCAAUACUGGCCCAUCUGACUCAGUAUUGUCAACACUGACUGUCGGCUGCUCUCCAAGGUAUCAGAUAGUCGUUUCUUUUCAGCCCGAUCUGGAGAUGCCAGAGGACUGGACAUGUUGGGCUGGGUUGAAGAAAACAGUUGUGAUCAUGCAGCUGCAACAGUUUCCCAUAUGGAAAAUGAGAUUUAUGUCUCCCCUGUGAAAACUGGUUGGAGAUGGGAUUGCUUCUGAGCAUGUGCAGAGCGGCACAUGGCAAAUUGUCAUUGAUGCUGCUGGGCUCUGCCUGUUGGAUUCAUUGCAGAUUGUGGUCUGUCUACUUUGUUCUUCCAGGCGUGUCAGUACAGGCUGUCAUUCUUGACUGCAGUGGAGUGUCCUUUGUGGACGCAGCUGGAGCCCAUCUACUUAUUCAGGUACAAAAGGACACAUAUGUAUGCGUACAAGUAAUGAGGUGGCGCACUUGCCAUCAGAAAGUCUGGGUGCUGAGACAAUCUGGAAGCCAAGCUCCCAGUCUAGAUUGCCUGCCUUGUUUUAUUUAUUUCACCUGUAUUCUGCUCUUCCUCCAAAGAGCUCAGGGCUUAACCUGACUGAAUGUUAAAUGCACUUUUUGCAUUUAAUGUGCAGGGUGUUUGUUUUAAAUGCAAACAGCAUCCACCCAGGUAGUGGAGCUGUUAUAAUGUGGGCUAAAGAGGGAGCAACAUAACCUUUCUGGCAAUCCCUCCUAGUUGCAUUAGGAGGAAAUUAUUCCAUUAGUGCCAAGUCCAGUUUGACUCUUAGAGUAAGUUUCAUCUGGCUGCCAUGUGACUUCCCACUUAGGAAAUCUUUAGAAAAUUCAGUAAAUGGAAUGCUGCCGCCUGAGCAUAGGCGUAGUCAGGAUUUAUGUUGGGGGGGAUAGAACGAAGAUAUCUGUAAUGCAAUUGGUCAGUUAGUUAAGUAUUUAUUUAUUUACUUGAUCAGCUGCACCCCCUGCACCCACUAAGCUACGUCCAUGUGCCUCAAGCAAAGGGCAAGGUGGUACCCCACCUCUGUCCUCAUUCCUUGUACAGGAGUCAACCAGGCUGAUAGUUCAAACUUACUGCAACAUUGAUGAUGGAAUAAUAUCCUCUACUCUGUCAAAGGGUAACAGGCUAGCUUAGGCAGCACAAGGUGGGCAAAAAGGCACAUACAGCUCUGUCAACCAACAUGUUGCCACUACUCUUUGCCUGUCAGCAUUUGCUGCCUGAGGCAGCUGCCUCGCUCUGCCUAAUAGUAGGGCUGGCUCUGAUCUGAUCAAUUUGUCAGCCAAUGUUGUUGGGACUACAAUUCUCGGUCAGUUCAAGCACAACCCUUGUUCAAGUUAGAUCUUUAAACUUACAGGUAGGUGAACAAACUGUGAGCAGCGGUGUCCCUAAGGAUCUGUAUUGAGUCCAGUUAUUAUUUAUGUAACUUACCAAUGAACAAUUUGGAGUCAAGAUUUUCCAUAAUGGAAUCAAAAACAGUGACACAGACAUGAUAGAUCCCAAAAUGGAUUACAGAGAUAGUUCCCCCGCCCCGCAGUUGUGCAAAUAUCAGUAGCAAAUUAGAAGAUCACAGCAUAGCACCAGGGACCUAGCUAUAAUCACCAAGGCAGCUUGUGGUUAAAAGGCAAUGUUUGCAAUUCUCUACUAAUGGCUUCCUGUGCUUUGCAGGUGUGUGUAGAAUGCCAAAAGGCAGGCAUGCAGAUACAUCUGGCUUCCUGUAAUGGUAAGUGAAAUUAAAGGUGCCACCAGACCUCUUUAUUCCCCCAUUGAUUUCCCGUUGGUUGUUUUUAAAGUGAAGUUGCACGUAUAUAAAGAAAGAAGGUGUGCUAUGUUGUGUUCUGACGUAUCUUUAUAUUGCAUGGUUGUUAUAAUAUAGAAAGAUUAAAAUCAAUAUAUUUAAAAGGCAGCUUGUCCCAACGCACACGUUACCCAGAAGCAAGCCUGGGCUUGCCACCAGCUGUACACUCAGGCAGGGAGCGGCCGAUUGCAACCCCUGGAAAGUAUUCUGAGAUGUGCAUCUGGUGUACUUUCUGUUUUCUGUAGGAGUCCUUGAGCUGUCUCUUUCUCGAUCAGCCACUUCAGCCUGCAUGACUGAGGGCCAAACUAGAGGAGGCAACAGAGAUUUGUGAUUGGGUCUCCUGUUUUCGUUUCUCUACAUUUUUGUAAAAAGCAGCAAUGGGGGUACCCAAUUCACAUCAAAAACAUAGUAUGGUAGUAGCGCUCCCUAUGGGAGCAAAUGACAUUGGGGGGGUUGUUGGGGGGAAAGUGCAGGGGAAAUGGCCAUUCCUGGCGCUCUAAUUCUGCUCUGAAUAGCUAUGGGAAGGAACCAGUUUUUACAGAAAUAUAAAGAAAUGGGAAAUCCAUCCACAGCUCUGUCAUCAUCCUGACAUAGGCCACAUCCAUACCAUGCAUUUACAGCACAUUGCUUCCCUCAAGGAAUUUUGUGCCCUGUAGUUUACCCUUCAGAGCUGCAAUUCAUAGAAUCGUAGAAUUGUAGAUCAUCUAGUCCAACCCUCUGCAAUGUAGGGAUAUGCAGCUGUCCCAUACGGGGAUCGGACGUGCAACCUUGACAUUAUCUGCACCUCACUCUGACCAACUGAGUUAUCCAUUCCUAGCACCAUAACAAAUCACCAUUGCCAGAAUAAUUUAGGGGAAGGUUUAAAGGUUUGGUGUGGAUGUGGCCAGAGUUAGGCCCUAAGACCCAAAGAUCAGAAGUGCAUGCUCCCCUCUUGACUUGCCACUGAAUAUGUGAACUGACUCAGUUGAGGAAGCCUUGCAUACAAAAUGAGAGGUAAAUCCUGUUUGCAGUGGUUUUGAGGGGGGGGGGUCUUCCUCACACAUGCAGGUCACCCCUCAAGGAACAUGCGCCUGUAGAAUCAGACCUCACCCAUAUCCAUUUAUUUCCUCCUUUCCAUUUAGCCGGUGUUUUACAGACCUUGAGGUCCUGUGGCCUUCUCCAUCAUCUUCCCCCACAGCAGAUUUUUGUCACUGUUCACGAUGCGGUUUCCAACCUUCAGCAGACUAUGGUAAGAGGCUGAGGGUGCAGACAGACAAUAGGUGAGCCUUUGCUCUUGCUGGUUGCAAUCCUGGCCCCUCUGGAACCAGCUUUGCAGCCCUGGGGAGGACAGGGCCUUACUUGGGAAAUAGCUCUGUUUUCCCCAACAGCAAUUGUGGGGUCAUGGCUGUACCCAUUGAGACUGAAAGUAUAAACUCUUAUCAUUGAAAUAUUCCCAAGGGAAAAAGCUUUUUCUUAAUGUCCAGCCUAGCCCUCUCUCUGGCAUGGCCAUUUUCUAUGUGCAGGGAUAUUAUUUUUCUAUGUGGGAGCAUUCCAUCAAUUGAACCCCCACCUAAAUGGACUAAUCCAGACACAGAUUCACCACUUCAGCUGCCAGGUGAAGGAACUGGGCCUUCCGUUGCGGGCUUCAAUGGAGGUUUAUUGUGGAAUCAGUGCUGUCCACGUAUGCAAGUUUCCCACACUAUCCACAUGGCCUUCCCAUCAUCAAUACCUGUACUGUUUUUAAACAUUUAAUCUGGAUUUUUCUCUGACUGCAGGAAAUUUGUUAAGUAACAAUAACCCAUUAUAAAUCUACAGUCACCACUGGUGUGGAAGCCCAUCAAUGAAUUCCCUGCAAUAAAAAUGUGUCUAGGGUGAUGUUGGGGUGGGGAGUCUCUAUUGCCAUACACCUACAGCUAUUUGCUCCUCACCUGAGCACAACCUACCCACUUUCUUUCUAGUGGCCAAAAUGAUAUUUGUAUGCCUAUUUUCAACCAUUUUCAUGAAGGCAUGUUGGAAUUUCAACAACCCAGUUUACAGCAGCUAUUCUCAAGAUCCCCCAAAAAGAUAUCAUGGUGUGUGGGGGGGAUUACCUGGGAGUCUGUAUUAUCAGGCAUUUAAAAAUUACUGUUUCAAACAGUGAGGUCUUAGGUAAGACCUCCUUAUUAGAGUAUCAGUAUAGCUAAAAUGUCACUAUUGUGCAAGACAUGGGUAAUAAUUUUUUUAAACCCACCAAAAUGGAAAUGGGGCCCAGCCACCUCAUCCCCCAAACACAAACCUCCAUUGUGAAACAUAGUAACUAAGGGCCAGGAAUACUUGCUUGUAUUUUUUAUGUACACAUGCGAAGAAUCUGAAAAGAUAGUGAAGCAUUUGGGGGGGGGGCAGAACCAGCAGUGCAGAAACAUUUCUUCAGUGAGUGCCCAUGGGUGUGGGCAGGAAGCAAUGGAACACUUAUGAAAAGUAGAAGAAAAAAUACAGAAUUGUGGCAACCACAAAAUGAAAAAACAACAACCCACGUCUCAGCCACCCACUUAGUAGAUAUUGCACCAAGGCAGAUGCACACCCUUUUCAGAGGAAAGUGGCUUUGGCUGGUUGACAGCUUGCUUUUUGUUUUGCAAGCUAUUUGUUACGAGGUACCUCUUGUAGCCGGCUCCCUCGGCCAAUAAAGCGAGACGAGCACCGCAAUCCCAGAGUGGGUCACGACUGGACCUAAUGGUCAGGGGUCCUUUUACCUUUACCUCUUGUAGUAGCGUAUAAAACAUGAGAGUUCUUUCUGGUCCCCAUGCAAUCCCACAUAUGGGCUCUGUGUCUGUGUGGAGCUGGAGCCUUCCGUAACAGGAGCAGCCAAGAGGGGGGGUCCUCCAGCUGUUGCUGGACUACAUAAUUCCUGACUGUGGGACAUUCUGGUAGUGGGUGAUAGGAGCUGUAGUCCACAUCAGGACAGCACACUGGCUAUCCCCGUUCUACAGAAAUAGCAAGGGAGCUGGUGGUCUUUUUUCCAUUCCUAAAGAGCAUACACUGAGAAGUGUGUGGGUGCCUUCCCAUUUCAGUCUCUUUCAAUCCAUGCGUUACAGGAGGGAUAAGAACAGCCUCUAUAAAGUCUGCUGCUCACUGCUUCACAAUACCAUUAAUACAGCAUGUUUAAGGUGUCCAAGGCACUUGACAUACAUUAUCCCAAUCCUUUCUGCAGCCAUCAUGCACCUAUAUUGCAGAUAGGGGCUAAGGCAGAGAGACUAGUGAGCAAGGGUGCCUGGGAGAGUCCUGUUACACAGCAUACAGCUUCAUACAGAAUUCUUUCUUUUUUUCUUUCCCUGCUCAGGAAAGUAUGGAGAUGAAGGACCCAACCAUCUGGGUGUAACUGCCUCUGCAUCAAAUCAAUCCAUGCGUACCAGGACAAGGACUAGCUGAGAUCACAGAAAUGCUAGAGGCAGCUGGCUGCCUUGGAAACCAACAAGGCCCUGUCUGCUAUAAUGGAGGGCUGUCCUAUCAGGAAUGGACAGAGAGACGGAAGAGAAAGGAGGCAGCAGGACAAGACAGAAGCUCCUUCUCUUGCCAAGACCUCUUUGGCCAGUUGUGGUCUGUAUUCAUCUACCACCACACUAAAGGAGGGUUUGAUUUGCACUCAAUCCUAUUCGAUCUCCAUCUCUUCUGGGCCCUUGUCAAAAAGUUUCGAUACACCAACAACCAGAGAUAAAUUUUUUUGUUGAAAAAACCAACACAAAAAACCUUUAUUCCCUUCCCCAAAUCGUUUCCUUUAUACAGGAAAAAAACGUUUGAAGUAAUCACAGGUAAAGUCAUUGCCAACAGGAAAGGGACAGUAAGCUCGUAAGAUGAAAGGAAAGGAGCAGCCGCAAAACAGCAGGUGGCAUCCAGCUAUGUUUUACUCAAGAGUACACCCAUGGAAAUUUAUGGAUCUAACUUCAUCAUGUUCUUUAACUUCAGUGAGUCUGCUCUGAGCAAAGGUUAGUGGACUUCUACUCAAUGUGAGUGAAAGGGCUGUGCAGCCUGGAAUGAGAGGUCUCAUUAUAGCUGCAGCAGCCCCCACGGCUGGAUGCAAACAGGACAGGAGGAUGGGGAGGUUGGAAGAUAUUAUUUCAUGCAAAGGCUAACACACACACCCCGCUGCUGCUGCUGCCACCACCACCACUGAAGAACUUGCUUGCCAAAUCUAUAGCUAGCCACCCUAAAGACUGAUAAACUGCCUUUCCCUCCUCAUGUGGUUGGGCAGUAAGGCAACACUGCAGGGCUGUUGGGAGAAAGUCAGAAAUGGGGAUGAUGUUCACCUCCUGGGCAGCUUCCCUCACUGAGGAGGGUUUCUGCUUUUAGUUUUAAUUCUCUUUCACAUCAGUAUAGUUGACUCUUCAGCCUAGUAUCAUGAUCUGAAUUCAUACCGUGUGUACCAAACUAAGCAUUUGCUUGUUUAGGCUGAAUUAGGAACAGGCUGUAAGCUUUCCAGUAAUAGUUCCAAAUCAAUAUGUCAACAUUUUGAAAAUAACUCUUGCUGUAUUUGAAAGUGUUGUGGGGUGGGGGAAUCUGUAGGGGUUGAAUCACUCCCUCACUUAAUAAAUAAAUAAAUAAAGUGGCAUGACAGCAAGAGAGAGGACCCAUCUUAUUUACAUAUCAAUAUGUAGGCUAAAACUAAAGGGGCUUCACCUGCCCUACUUUACAUAGGGAGAGCAAGUGAAAGAUUCAGUGCCUUACCUUUUAGCAUGUGAUUCUGCUGAAUGGAUAAACAGAGAUGAGAGACUUGCUUCUGAGUCAACAAUUGUGCUGUAAGUCCCACUAUGCUCAACAGGGCUUACUUCAGUUUUGAAUGGGACUUCAGCAGCCUCUGUUACAGCCAACUGACCAAUCUAGCAAAUGCCUUAUUUGAGACCCAGUUCUAUACCAAUCUUUUUGAAACUGUGAUCU